AUGGCAGGAUUAAAGUUAAAUUGGAUAUUAUUCACAAAUUUAAUAUUAUGUAUUGUAUUAUCAAUAGCUGGAAGAGACUUUUAUAGAAUAUUAGGUUUAUCGCAUAGUGCAAGCACACAUGAAGUAAAAAAGGCUUAUAGAAGAUUAGCAAAAGAACUACAUCCUGAUAAGAAUAAAGAUGAUCCAAAUGCUUCCCAAAAGUUUCAAGAUCUAGGAGCAGCUUAUGAAGUAUUAUCAGACCCUGAAAAAAGAGAAAUGUAUGAUAAAUGUGGAGAAGAAUGUUUAAAAAAGGAUGGUAUGAUGAACAAUAAUAUGGAUCCUUUUGCAAGUUUCUUUGGCGACUUUAGUUUUCAUUUUGGUGGAGAAUCACAACAAGCUCCGCAAACUCGUAGAGGUGCAAAUGUUAUAAUGGAAUUGUUUGUCACUUUAGAAGAAUUAUAUAGUGGAAAUUUUAUUGAGAUUACAAGAAAUAAACCAGUUAUAAAAGCAGCAAAAGGCACAAGAAAAUGCAAUUGUAGACAAGAAAUAGUUACUCGCAAUUUAGGAGGUAACAGAUUCCAAAUGAUACAACAGUCAGUAUGUUCAGAAUGUCCAAAUAUAAAGAUGGAGAAUGAGGAACGUAUAUUAGAAGUGGAAGUUGAACCAGGAAUGGUAGAUAAUCAAGAAAUUAAAUUUACUGCUGAAGGAGAGCCACAUCUCGAUGGAGAGCCAGGAGAUUUGAUAUUAAAGAUACACACUCUACCUCAUUCUAUCUUUGAAAGAAAAGGUGAUGAUUUGUAUACAAAUGUUACAAUAUCCUUACAAGAUGCUUUACUAGGUUUCACAGUAAACAUAGAACAUCUAGAUGGUCAUAUUGUAACUAUUCAAAGGGACAAAAUUACCAAACACGGUACCCGUAUUCGGAAAAAGGACGAAGGAAUGCCUAAUUAUGAUAAUAACAGUCUUCGUGGUUCUUUGUACAUUACUGUUGAUGUUGUAUUCCCUAACAUCGAAUUUACAGAAGAACAGAAAGAAGAAAUAGGAAAGAUACUGCAACAAAGUUCUGUGAAUCGAAUAUACAAUGGUAUACAUGGCAAUUAAAUAUUUAAUAUCUAUUGCAAUAUAUGUACAAAUGAAUGUAAUAUGUGAAUAUUUUGAUUGGAAUGUAUGUCUUGAUACGUAUGUUUGUAUUAAUGAAAGGGAGAGAUAUUUUUGUUUUUUUAUUGAAAAAUACCAUACCAGUUGACAUGGUUGGUAAUCCAGUUAAACUUGGAAAUAAAUACACAUUCUUCAUAGAUUUCAUCAUCAAUA